GUGACGAUGUGAAUCUCACAAACACUGUGAGAUCGGAUGCAUCAAGAAAACUAUUAUCCUUUCUUUCAUUGCUAAAUCAGCAUUUUUAUUAGUCAAUGUGAAAAGUCUGGCAGUUAAGCUUGUGCACAAGCAGUGCACAUUACGAUCUGCAGACAGAGGGAGUAACAGUCAUUUGUAAAGCCUGUGAAAGUGUAUAGGAGUUGAACAUUAGAUGGCGACAUGGAUCAGGAACUGGCCCGCCAGCUGGUGGAGCUGGGCCACAAGGGCAGCAGUUUGGAGAGGGAGGAAUUUGAGACAAGCAAAGCAGCUGCCGAGGCCUCCAGGCUUGCUUCAGAGAGCCAACAGAAGAAGCUGGCAAGUAUAGGAAAGGAACUCAAAGAUAACUUCCUGAGAGCAUUGGCGGAGCGAGAGGAGGCUAACCGCAGUGGGGAAAUGACUUCCAUCAUUUUCAUAAGGGUCCAAAAUUCUCACGAACAGGAAAUAUCUGGGUAUAUAGACUACUCCCACCAACUAAAAUUUGAAGACUUUAAACCAUAUUUCAGCAGAAAGAAAAGGCUUAUGCCAAAACCAACUGAAGGUAAGCCUACUUAUAUUAUGACCCAUGCGUGAUGAUUUCCGGUUACUAUUGUUUUAGUAAGGUUAGAUGUUGUCAGAUUAAUGUGCAUGCAUCCUUCUUAUCCCUGAAGCAUUUGUCUUUCUAAAAAGGAUAUCCUCUCCAAAAUAUCAAUAUGCAUGAAAUACAGUGAAAGCAAAACAGACUUCCUGUUCCUAAUGGAGGAAGAGGAGGCAUCUUUUGGCCCUGGCCAGUGGAUUAAAGGGAAGUAUGUACAUUAUGAUUAAUGGCUUUUUCAUAUGCAAAUAUUAAUAUUAAUCAAGUGGUGAUCCUCUGUAAACCAACUUAGGAAAGAUCAUGUGACACUGAAGAGUAUAUGCUAUAAUAUAGCCUACUUUGUGUACUAUAGAGUAAUGGCUGCUGAAAAUUCAGCUCUGCCCU